GAAGUCAGGUCGGCAGGGCGGGGGCGCGAGGUGAAGGGGCCUGCUUGUGCGGGCGCGGGGUUGGAGCUCGAGGAAGCUGCUGAUGAGGGGGAAAAGUUAGAGACCUGGUAGGAUCAGGUUCGGCAUGGAGUCUGAAGAUGCUGUUGCUCCUGAAAAAUUAAUUGAGGAUUUGAAUCUCUCAGAAAAACAGAGCAGUCCUACACAUCAUGCAUAUAUCCCCAGAGUCGUUAAAGAAGAUGUGAGUCAGUUGUCUGACUUGGGUAGAGAGGAUGAUGAUCUCUUCCAUGACUGCAAAGACUCUCUCGAAUCAAGAGUGGUGGAAGAGAAUCACAACAUUGAGACAGAUUCUUUAGAAAAUGAGAUCGAUCUAGAUGAAAAAGAAUUGCUGGAACGGGAAAAAAACAUGUCAGAGGAAGAAAAAGAGAAAAGAAGAAAUGAAAGCACAACAUUAAAAGAAGAAGGAAAUAAACAGUUUAAAAAUGGAGAGUAUAAAGAAGCAGAAGAUUCGUAUGCAAAAGCACUGCAGGUUUGUCCGGCCUCCUGUAACACAGAUAGAUCCAUUUUGUAUUCAAAUAGAGCUGCAGCACGAAUGAAACAGGACAAGAAAGAAAUGGCUAUAAGUGACUGCAGCAAAGCUCUAGAGUUAAACCCAAACUAUAUCAAAGCAUUGUUGAGGAGGGCAGAACUGUAUGAAAAAACAGAAAAAUUAGAUGAAGCUUUAGAAGAUUACAAAAAUCUGCUGGAGAAAGAUCCAUCGGUAUAUCAAGCAAGGGAAGCUUGCAUGAGAUUGCCAAAAGAAAUAGAGGAACGUAAUGAAAAACUUAAGGCUGAGAUGUUAGGCAAGCUGAAGGAUCUUGGGAACCUGGUUCUCCGUCCAUUUGGCUUAUCAACGGAAAACUUCCAAGUGAAGCAAGAUUCCUCAACUGGCUCCUAUUCUAUCAACUUUGUUCAAAAUCCAAAUAAUAACAACCGAUAACACUAGCCCAAAUUGCAUGUGGCAAAAUUUUGGGCUUUGAGGCUUAAUAGUGAUGUGGUUUCGGUGAAUGCAAAAAGGAUGAGUAAACAUUUAAUGCAUAACAUCAUUCUUUAAACUGGGAGGAUUUGAACUGAGAUCUAUGCAUUGUGUAUGUGUGUGUGAGAUUCUUUCAAAAGAGGUGGGCAGAAGAAGACUGUUAUUUGACCUUUGCAGUGAUGUUUCAUGCACUUUGGGCACUGCACCUUCCAUCUGAGGAGGGUGGGGGUUAACGCUUUGCAAGUUAGAAAAAUGUCAGUGCGUCUAAGCCUGUAGCCAUAGUACUAUCAUUUCAUCAUUUGUGAAGUUUGUAAGUCUCUUUGACGGGCAGAGAAGUGUUUCUCUAUUUAGAGAAUCUACUUUUACCUUACAGAUUAAUAAAUCAUUCAUGGUAUUAGUGCCUGUCUUUUAAUUCAAAGUAGCCUUUUCAGUGUUAAAUGUUGCAUAACAGCAUAAAUUCUCUUGAAUGAGGGAAAGUGGUUAUUAGCACCUGCAUAACUACUCCAAGCUCCCCUCCCUAGGUGAUUUUAUUUUAUUUUAUGCUUUUUUAGAAGACACAUUGAUGGGCUUUUAAAUACAUCUAUUUAAUUUAUUUAUUUAUUUUGUAAAUCC